AUGUCUCGUUCUCAUCGCCGUCCUUCAGACUACUCACGUGGAAGCAGUCCCCGUAUUGACCGAAACCUUGCCGUUACCGAAGCCAGCUUCCAAAACCUUGGGCUGAACGAGACCGCUGGAGCUCAAUAUCAGUCCGGCCCUUCUUCGUAUCUUUUGCCCGACCAGCGAAGUCGACGACCGUCGUAUCCUCGAAGCGAACUCAGUUCAGGUUACCUCCAGCCCGAUUACGUAUCCAGCAGCUAUACCCGAGCUGCAUCACCGGCUUCCUUCUCGGCUCUAGAGAACUCCACCUCGUUCGGAACAACUUUGCUAGAUCCUUCAGAUUACCAGCUUUUCUCCGACACUGGAACCUUUAGCACUCGUGCAAGCCCAUUCUCAACAAGCGUACUUGGCCGGACGGACAUGGGUAGUUACCCGUAUCCAUCAGACACAAUGACAAGCUACCGCGACACGAGCUCUUAUGGCCCAUCAAGGUCACCUUCUCAGCGAGGCUAUACCAACCCGAGCACGGAAGCUUCUUUAUCACGCACUCAUUCCGGAUCAUCAUACGAUAGCCACAGCGCUUACGGUCGAACCCCUUCGACUUCCUCAGCUCAAGGGUCUUACUUGACAGGCGUCUCAUCUUCCCCUUACGAUAAUCCUUACACAACAGCAUACGGUACAAGCGGCGUUGGCUCGCACACGAUGUACUCUUCAAGCUCUCAAAACCCAAGUCUUCCUACCACGUCCAGUGCCAUAUAUGGCUACCGCGGCGAUAGGCGAGGCUCUGGUGUACCAUCGAAUAUGGAGCCAGUCGUGAUUGAGACUCCAAAGAAACCUCAAUGCUGGGAUCACGGCUGCAAUGGCCGUCAAUUCUCUACGUUUAGCAAUCUCCUCAGGCACCAACGGGAGAAGUCCGGCACGUCAUCAAAGUCCGUCUGUCCUCGCUGCGGUGCAGAAUUCACGAGGAAGACAGCCAGAGACGGACAUUUGGCGCACGACAAGUGCAAGGCGAGAUCCUCGUCGGAUCGUUGA